ACCCAGAGCUGUACCGGGAAGAGGGGUCGAGCCCAGGCGGGGAUGAGCGGGUCGGGCUGCUGGGGAGUGCCUGCCUGGGCUUUGUGGGCUGAAAUGGUGGUGCAACCGGAUCCACUGCUAGGAGAACAUGGCGGGGGAGUGAAAGGAGCAGCUCGCAGCGCCCGGUGUUGUUACCCGACCGAGGCACACCCCCUUCCGCCCCCGCGCCAAUCGCCGUGCGAGGACGGGACGAGCAGCACGCCUCUCCACCGGGCGCCGCCAAUCUCGGCGAAACGGCGGCCUCUCUGGCCCCGCCUCGGCCAAUCAGAAGCGACACAAACACUUAGGGCCACGCCCGUUUCCGCAGGCCUCCCAAUCCGGGCAGACACAAACAACGGGCACGCCCCAGUCUCCGAGUCACGGGCCCGCAGUGCAAAGCGAACGGACGGGAUGGGCGGUUCUCUUUGCGAGAGCCACCGGCCAAUCGGACGGCACACAAACAGCCGUGGCUACGCCCCCGCGCGCCCCGCAGCCAAUCGAGGGGGACGUAAACAGGCGGCGGCGCGCCCCCUGGUGGGCGGCGGCGCGCCGGAGGGCAGGCACGCGUCGCCCGCCAUGGAGGUGCCGGCCCUGCGGGCCCGGGCGGCGGCCGGGCUGCCGGCCGCGGCGGAGGAGGAGGGACCCGGCCGUGAGGUGGCGGGGCGGAGGCAGGAUGAGCGGAGCCUGGAGGCGCUGAGCCUGGCCGCCGGCGGCGGGGUGGCGGCGGGGCGGCAGCUGCCGGAGGGGCGGCGGGCGACGCUGGCGAGCGCCCUGGAGCUGGAGGGGACGGUGCUGCGCGAGGGGCGCCUCACCCAGUUCGUGGCCAACAACCUGGAGCGGCGGAUCCGGCUGAGCGGCGCCCCGCGGGGCGAGCCGCCGGCGGCGGCGGCGGGGGGCGGCGGCUCUAUCCCCGCCAUCGAUCCCGGGGCGCUGCAGGACGUGGUGGCCCUGGCCGGGCAGGUGGCGGCGCAGGUGGACGAGCUGCUGCGCAACGUCCACUGCGGCCUGCAGGCCCUGACGGCCCUCAGCGUCGGCUGCAUCCAGACCUACCGCGACGGGGUGGAGAGCCUGGGCGAGGCGGCCGACCUCAGCAUCCGCGCCAUGUACGCGCUGGUGGCGCGCUGCGAGGAGCUGGACCGCGCCAUGCAGCCCGUGCCCGCCCUGGCCAAGCGCAUCCGCGAGAUGAAGGGCACCCUGGAGCGGCUGGAGGGGCUCUGCAAGUAG